AAAAAAGAUACUGUAGAAGCGGAAAACAAACAUAAUCGUUUUUUACAAAAUCUACUUAUUUAUUGGAUCUUAAAUUUUGUAUACGAUUUUCACCAAAAAAAAUGAUUUGAUACCGCAUCUCAAAAGUAAAAAUCAUACCAAAAAACCCUUUAGUAUACGAUUUAAGCCAACCAAAGUCCAAUCAUGACGACAAUUUCAUCUCUACUCAACCACAGCAGCCAAAUGCCCGGAUCAAAUCAAAUAAUGACAACAUCCAGUAAACAAUCCUCCUCGGUUAAUUCACAUCAUCUCCAAGCGGACCACAUAAAAAGACCAAUGAAUGCUUUCAUGGUCUGGUCAAGAGGACAACGUCGUAAAAUGGCUCAGGAUAAUCCCAAAAUGCACAAUUCGGAAAUUUCUAAGCGUCUCGGAGCCGAAUGGAAGCUUCUUACCGAGGGUCAAAAACGACCAUUUAUCGAUGAAGCAAAGCGAUUGAGAGCUCUUCACAUGAAAGAACACCCGGACUACAAAUACCGUCCAAGACGAAAACCAAAAACUCUAACAAAAUCUCCUGUCCCUCAACAAAAUCAUCAAUCUACCAAAGACACAGUAGCGCAACUUCAACAAAAAUAUAAUUUCGGUAAUCCCCUCGAGCUGACCCUAAAUAUGCCACAGAGAGUACCGAACUUCCCACUUACCCCCCACUAUCCCUUGGAUCCAACAAUAGCUCUCGACUUGCAAGCACGUCUACAAGCAAUGUAUGCGGGAAGUUUAUACCAUCCCUGGCGUUAUUUCGGUUGUACCCCAUUAAUCAGUCCCGAAACACCACCAUCACCGCCCAGUAGCAGUGGAACAGGAAUAUCUUCGUAUGGUUGCAUAAAAUCAGCGAACACAUCACCCACACUACCGCUUCCGGCACAACCUCCACCGAAUAUCAUAUGACCAACUCCAUUGCGGUAUGGUGCCGCGGAACAUGCUGUUUAAAGAAUAUGCCAUCCCUGCCCAUCCAAAGAAAAAUUGUACUAUUUUAUUUGAAAAAAAUAUUCAAAUAGGGAUACUAUUAGUAGGUUUAUAAAAAAUAGUGUUAUCCUGCAAAAUAUAGAUUUGUAAGUUGUUGUAGUUUCAUACGAAUACUAAAAUUAGAAAUAGAAAAUUAUGUUAAAUAAAGAAAAAAAAAAAAACAAAGAAGACAAAAUAAUAGUUAAAGUUUUAAAAAUAACGAAUAGAAUUAGUUAUGGGGAAAAAACAGCAAAAUGGCUAUGGUUCACAAUAUUUUUUUUAUUAUGUCUUGUGUAAUUAUCACAGAAUUAUAAAAAAAAAAUACAAAAAAUGAAAUACUAAAUAAAAUAAAAAGUACUUAAAGUAUAUAUAAAUUAGUGUAAAUA